AAAUUUUAUAUACCAUACUUAUCAACAAGUUGUCUCUUAGCCUUUAUAGUAAAUUUUUAAAAGUAAAUUUGUGAAAAGUAUGGUUUUCAACCCACUUUUGGAAGAUUUUCUUAAACUUAGUAAAGUCAUUUUGCCAAAAAUCACCGUUUUGUGUAAAGGUAAUAUCUGCAAGCAUCCAUCAAUCACGCUGGGACUAUAAAGACACCAGCGCUGCUAUUCGUGUGACGAGUUUAUAUUUCAGAUACGGUUACGGUAGAUUUUCUAAGAAAUUUUACGCGCAGCAAUGGUGGUAUUUAUACGAGUUUUAGUGCCGCCGGCUUUAGCCGAUUAAAAAAGCAAUAAUCACCUAUGGAUACAUGCGUUGUGCAAAUACAUACAUAUGUGCAUUAAAUAAUACGUGUUCUAUUUAGUAUCGUAUAGCAAGUGUUUUGAACAACAGUUUUUAAAACAAAUUUAGCAAAAAUAAAAAUAAAAAAUACUUUUUCCUAAAAAAAAAAAUAAUUUUGCAAAAAUGAAAUUACUGCUAAUCAUUGUUUGGGCGAUUUUCGAAUACGGGACAUUAUGUGAAGCUUAUAUCAGCAAAUAUGAGCAAAUGCUACAGCUCUUUCCGAAGCCCACCUAUGCAGAGUCGAGAGUGUUGCGUAGCGGUAGAAAUACGAACUUCAGCGAUCACCCCUGCAAACGCACAUGCCGAGCAGAUCAGCCAAUGACAUGCUACUACUACUUCGUUGUGCAUUACGAUGAGACCUUCAAUCCGAGUUGUGAGCGUUAUCUCGAUAAACGAUUUCGUUUCAAGGUUGGUGGACGCGAGUAUAUCGACACAUUCGCAGUGCGCAACUUUGAAGGUUUCGACGAUUGCAAAUACGCAGAUGGUGUAAAAACGGAAGUGAUGGUUGUUAACGGGCAAUUGCCGGGACCAGCUGUUGAGGUGUGUGAGGGAGAUACGAUUGUGGUAGACGUUAUCAAUAGCAUGCAUGACAUUACAACCAUACACUGGCAUGGUUUGCAUCAGCGACAGACGCCGCAUAUGGAUGGUGUGCCAUUUAUUACGCAAUAUCCCAUAGAACCGGCUCAGGCAUUUCGCUAUCGCUUCGACGUGGAUCAUAUCGGGACACAUUGGUGGCAUAGCCAUGUGGGACACCAACGUGGCUUCGGUUUAGCCGGCGCAUUGGUGGUACGACAGCAAAAGGCUAAUGACGUGCAUGCUUCAUUAUAUGACUUUGACGCUUCGGAACAUACGAUCUUGAUACAGGAUUGGAUGUACGAUCCUGAUGGAUCAAAACCACAAGGAAUAUUGGUUGAUGGUCUAGGACGAAAUCUACCGCCGGUAAAUGGUACCAAGACAAAGCAUACUGCACCGACGCUCUACUCAACCUAUUCAGUAGUGCGCGGCGGCCGGUAUCGCUUUCGUGUAAUUUUUAACGGUAUCGCCAAUUGUCCGAUAAGCUUAAGCUUCGAUAGUCACGAGCUCGUGGUCAUCGCCAGCGACGGUAAUGACAUUGAACCUGUUAAGGUGCGCAAGAUCACACUGCAUGGCGGCGAACGUUACGACUUCGUUUUGCACGCCAAUCAAGGCGUUGAGAAUUAUUGGAUACGCGUCAAGGGACACAACUUCUGCAAGCCAAAUAAAUUGCAUCAGGAAGCGAUACUACACUACCAGGGCGCUAGCAGGCGCGCAUUACCAAAAGCUCCAGUAUUUUAUGAGUAUGAACCCAGCGGUAGGGAGCUGAACACUGUCGAUAAGCCACCAAAUAAUGAUGAUAAUUUGAUAACAAUCGUCGACUUGAAAGCGUUGGAGAAACGCGCUGCUACAACAACCAUUCCGCACCGCACCUACUAUACCAGCAUGACUGUGCGCACAAAAAAUGAGUUUCUUUUUCAAAUUGACGACAUUACAUUCACAAUGCCGCCACGUGUCUCGCUAUUGCAGACGCGUAAUCUGGGAAUCGGUCAAUUCCUCUGCAAUAAGACGCAGCAGGCCGCAAUGGGUUUGAAUUGUCGCGGUCGUGAGUGUAAAUGUGCCAAUGUUAUCGAGGUGCCGGCUUUCAAGGAUGUCGAGUUCGUUGUUUCUAGUACCACUGCAACGGCUCAUCCCAUACACUUGCAUGGCUAUACGUUCCGUGUUGUCGGCAUUGGCGUACUGGGAGAAGAUCGUAUUAGAAAUAUCGAGGAAAUUGAUCGUCGCACCCCGCUGCCGCGUCGAGAGCGUGGUGCCCCACUUAAAGAUACCGUGCAAGUGCCUGCGUUUGGCUAUACUAUUCUGAGAUUCUACACCGAUAGCCCGGGCUAUUGGAUUCUGCAUUGCCACAUAUCAGUGCACUCGGAGAUCGGUAUGGCGGCGGUAUUGCGGGUAGGCGCCCAUCGGGAAAUGAAAACUUGUCCGGUGAGCAACUGCGGACUUUGCAAUUCGGUGUUUUGAGAGCUGAAAUUACUUUACUAUUUGUUUAUAUUGGGAUAUGUGUAUAAUAUUUUUUUAUAAGUUAAUAAAAAAAUGCAUUACAUAACA